AUGAGAUCACUUUUAAUAUUAACUUUUUUAUGUGCAUAUUUAAAACAAUUGGAAUGUUUGAGUAGCACAGAAGAUGUAUUCGAAUUCGGAACAAAUGAAGGACGGGUGGCAUUUUCAACAUCUGGUAAUAUUGGAUUGUUGGAGAAGAAUGUGAAAAUACCAAUAAAAGUACCCUACUGCAUGGACCUGACUUAUGUCCGAGUGGUCGUGGAUAAUUGGAAGGCCCCACCAAAAGUAGACUUUGACUCUGAAAUAAAUACUAUCAACAUAAAGUAUAGACUGCUACAGUUCAGCAAGUCUUCAUAUACAGUCAUUGCUAAGGGAGUCUUAAACUAUCUCAAAUUUCAUCUAAUUCGGUUCAGUGUUUCAGGCGCGAUGAAGUUGGAGAAAAUAGGCGAACUGAAAAAAUAG